AUGCCGGCCCCCAAUCGACUCUCCGAUCUCGAGAACUGCGCGAUCGGCGCCAUCUGUGGGACCGCCGACACGACGCUGCUCCAGAGCACAAACUACUGGAAGAAUGCGCAGCAGCAGCGGCUGCCUUUCACCAUGAACCCGGCUGUCCUGUACCGCGGCUACAGCGCGAACGUGCUCAACAACGGGUUCUGCCUCAUGACGCAGUUCUACCUCAACGGCAUCGCCAAGCGAAUGCUGACCGGCGGCGCCCGCGAGCCGACGCCCGCAGAGCAGAUUGGCUCCGGCUUCGCGGCGGGGCUCGGCUCGGGCGUGGUUUGCGGACCGCUCGAGCUGAUCAUGAUCCAGCAGCAGCGCAAGGGCGGCACCAUCCUCAGCGUGGGUGGCGACCUCGCUCGCGGCGGCCCGUCGAUAGUGUCUCGCGGCAUGCUCGCGCUCGGCCUGCGCGAGGGCAUCUACUGCGCCGGGUUCAUGGGCAUCUUGCCGGCGGUGCGCAAGCACAUUCGCGAGACGUACGCGCACACGCCCUUUGGCCAGAGCGAGGACGCGGCGCGGCUGACUGCCACCUUCAUCGCCGGCCCGAUCUGCGCGUUUGCCUCGCAUCCGCCCGACACCGUCAAGACGUGCAUGCAAGGCGACAUCGAGCAGGUGCGCUUCAAGGGGUACGGCCAGUCGGCGGGCGUGCUCGUCGCAGAGUCGGGCAUCGCCGCGCUGUGGCGCGGCAUGCCCUGGCGCCUCUUCCGUCAGUGUUGCGCCGUCUUCCUCUUCGACAAAAUCUCGGCCGAGGUUGCGCCGAGACUCUUCCCGCACGCGUUCCGCUGA